GUGCUUUUCUCUUCAACAGUCAAUCUUCUGGCACUUCUGGACUCUCUACUGAAGUGGCAGUCGAUUUUGAAGAUGGAUUUUAGAAUUAUUAAAUGGAUGAUAACUCUCGUAGUAUCAUCAACGAUAUACGAAACAACCCACGGACAUGAUUACUGCCAUAGUUAUCAAGUGAUUAAUGACAGGACUAGGGCUGCUGGUCUCGCAAGGGGCAACGUCCUUAGGUGCGAUCAGCGAGAUUUUCCAACCGCCAGAUGGUAUCGUUUUACUGGAGCGGCUGGCACGCAGAUGCCGACAAAGUGUGUGCCCAUUAACCGUUGUGGAACCCACGCACCAGGAUGGCUCAGCACAUCACAUCCAACUAGAACUGGGCAAAUCAUCAAUGGGAAAGCGUGCUUUCACUGGUCCGGAAACUGCUGCCGGUGGUCGGCAAAUAUCAUGAUCAAGAAAUGCAAUGGCUUCUACAUUUAUAAGCUUGGUAGAACACCAUGUUGUUACCUUCGCUUUUGUGGGAAUGGAGGCUUUGGAGACGAUGGCUGCACUAACUACUUACAGUUAAACGAUAGAACCAGAGCUGCUAGUGUUCCUCGGGGAAAUAUCCUUAAAUGUGACCAAUAUGACAUGCCCGGGGAUCCAAAGUGGUACAGGUUCACUGGAGCAUCAGGGCAAAUGAUGGCCACCUCCUGUGUUCCUAAGCAUUACUGUGGAACGCAUGCUCCGGGUUGGUUGAGUGGAGCUCACCCAACAAGUGUGGGGCAAAUUGUCAACGCCAGAGUCUGUUUUCACUGGGGAGGAAGUUGCUGCAAUUGGAACACUAAUAUCCAGAUCAAAAAAUGUAACGGGUUUUACGUUUACAAACUUCACAAGACCCCUGUCUGUUGGCUUCGCUACUGUGGAAAUGCAGGAUUCGAUGUGUGCAAGGUAAGCAAUCCUUGUAAGAAUGGUGCCACAUGUGUUCCCAAAAAUGGUGGGUACACAUGCAACUGCAAGUCAGGAUUUCAUGGUGUCAACUGCGAGCACGAUGUAAACGAAUGCAACACCCGACCCUGCCGUAACGGUGGAACGUGUGAGAACUUCCCAGGAAAUUACAGAUGCAAGUGCAAACCAGGAUUUUUAGGGAAUCACUGCGAGAUCGCGUAUGAUGAAUGCAGGCAUUACCAAGUUCUCAGUGACAGACAGCGAGCUGCUGGAGUUCACAGGGGCAACAUCCUUAAGUGUGACCAAAGGGACCUUGUAACACCCAAAUGGUACAGGUUUACUGGAGCAGCUGGCACUCAGAUGCCCACGUCAUGUGUUGCGAAACAUUACUGCGGAACUCAUGCACCGGGCUGGUUAGCGGGUUCACAUCCAACAAGAGUUGGUGAAGUUGUCGACCGUAAGGUUUGUUUCCACUGGGGUUCCAAUUGCUGCAACUGGAAUGCCUACAUUCGGAUAAAGAGGUGCAACGGGUUCUACGUGUACAAGUUGGCCCGGACUCCUGUGUGUUGGCUGCGGUAUUGCGGGAAUGCGGGUUUUGAUCCCUGUAGAACAAGCAGGCCUUGUAAAAAUGGGGCGACAUGUGUUAACCAGAAUGGUGGCUAUAAAUGCUUGUGCAAGCCUGGGUACCAAGGGAUAAACUGCGAGCAAGAUAUCAAUGAAUGUCUUACGAGGCCUUGCCGCAAUGGCGGGACUUGCGAGAACUUAGCGGGAAGCUACAGAUGCAAAUGUAAACCAGGAUAUCUAGGAAAACACUGCGAGAUCGUAUUUGAUGAAUGCAGACACUAUGAAGUCCUCAACGACAGAGAGCGCGCUGCAGGGCGUCACAGGGGUAACAUCCUAAAGUGUGACCAGAGAGAUCUUGUUACCCCUAAAUGGUACAGGUUUACUGGAGCAGCUGGUGCUCAAAUGCCAACGGCAUGUGUUCCGAAACACUACUGCGGAACUCAUGCACCAGGAUGGUUGAGUGGCUCACAUCCAACAAGAGUCGGGCAGGUUGUGAACGGGAAGGUGUGUUUCCACUGGGGCUCCAACUGUUGCAACUGGAAUGCUGCCAUUCAAAUAAAGAAGUGCAACGGGUUUUACGUUUACAAACUUUCAAGGACGCCUGUAUGUUGGCUGAGAUACUGUGGAAAUGCCGGCUUUGACCCGUGCAAAGCUAGUAAGCCUUGUCAAAAUGGCGCCACUUGUGUCAACCAGAAUGGAGGCUACACUUGCCUCUGCAAGUCUGGGUACCAGGGAAAGACCUGCGAGCAAGAUGUUAACGAAUGUGUCACGAAACCUUGCCGUAACGGUGGAACUUGUGAGAAUUUACAGGGUAGCUACAGAUGUAAAUGCAAAGCAGGAUUUCUUGGCAAGCACUGCGAGAUAGUUUUCGAUAAUUGCAAACAUUAUGAAGUUCUAAGUGACAGAGAGCGGGCUGCUGGAGUUCACAGGGGCAAUAUCCUUAAGUGUGACCAGAAGGACCUUGUAACUCCCAAAUGGUACAGGUUUACAGGUGCAGCUGGUGCGCAAAUGCCAACGGCUUGUGUUCCAAAACAUUACUGCGGAACACAUGCGCCAGGAUGGUUGAGUGGCUCACAUCCAACAAGAGUCGGGCAGGUUGUGAACGGGAAGGUGUGUUUCCACUGGGGCUCCAAUUGUUGCAACUGGAAUGCAGCCAUUCAAAUAAAGAAAUGCAACGGGUUUUACGUGUACAAGCUUUCGAAGACACCAGUAUGUUGGCUGAGGUAUUGCGGAAACGCAGGGUUUGAUCCGUGCAAAGCUAGCAAGCCUUGUCAAAAUGGCGCCACCUGUGUCAACCAGAAUGGUGGGUACACUUGCCUCUGCAAGCCAGGGUACCAAGGAAAGAACUGCGAGCAAGAUGUUAACGAAUGUGUCGCAAAACCUUGCCGUAACGGUGGAACUUGUGAGAAUUUACAGGGUAGCUACAGAUGCAAAUGCAAAGCAGGCUUUCUUGGAAAGCGCUGCGAGAUAGUUUUCGAUAGUUGCAAACAUUAUGAAGUUCUAAGUGACAGAGAGCGGGCUGCUGGAGUUCACAGGGGCAAUAUCCUUAAGUGUGACCAGAGGGAUCUUGUUACCCCCAAAUGGUACAGGUUUACAGGUGCAGCUGGUGUGCAGAUGCCAACGGCUUGUGUUCCAAAACAUUACUGCGGAACUCAUGCGCCAGGAUGGUUGAGUGGCUCACAUCCAACAAGAGUCGGGCAGGUUGUGAACGGGAAGGUGUGUUUCCACUGGGGCUCCAAUUGUUGCAACUGGAAUGCAGCCAUUCAGAUAAAGAAAUGCAAUGGGUUUUACGUGUACAAGCUUUCGAGGACACCAGUAUGUUGGCUGAGGUAUUGCGGAAACGCAGGGUUUGACCCAUGCAAAGCUAGUAAGCCUUGUCAAAACGGCGCCACCUGUGUAAACCAGAAUGGUGGGUACACUUGCCUCUGCAAGCCUGGGUUCCAAGGAAAGAAUUGCGAGCAAGAUGUUAACGAAUGUGUCGCAAAACCUUGCCGUAACGGUGCAACUUGUGAGAAUUUAAAGGGUAGCUACAGAUGCAAAUGCAAAGCAGGAUUUCUUGGCAAACACUGCGAGAUAGUUUUCGAUAAUUGCAAACAUUACGAAGUUCUCAAUGACAGAGAGCGGGCUGCUGGAGUUCACAGAGGCAAUAUCCUGAAGUGUGACCAGAAGGAUCUGGUAACUCCCAAAUGGUACAGGUUUACCGGAUCAGCCGGCACUCAGAUGCCAACGGCAUGUGUUCCAAAACAUUACUGCGGAACACAUGCGCCAGGAUGGUUAAGUGGCUCACACCCAACUAAAAUCGGGCAGGUUGUGAAUGGGAAAGUGUGUUUUCACUGGGGUUCCAACUGUUGCAACUGGAAUGCAGCCAUUCAGAUAAAGAAAUGCAAUGGGUUUUAUGUGUACAAGCUGACAAGGACGCCUGUUUGUUGGCUGAGGUAUUGCGGAAAUUCAGGAUUUGACCCAUGUAAAGCAAGCAGGCCUUGCCUAAAUGGAGCCACCUGUGUAAAUAACCAGGAUGGAUACAAAUGCCUCUGUAAGCCUGGCUAUCAAGGGAAAAAUUGCGAGCAAGAUGUCAACGAAUGCUUAACUAGGCCAUGUCUCAACGGUGGAACAUGUCAGAAUUUACCAGGAAGUUACAAAUGCAAAUGCAAACCAGGAUUCUUAGGAAGACGCUGCGAGACGGCCUUUAAUCCAUGCUUGCAUUACGAGACCCUCAGUGACAAGGAAAGAGCGGCAAGUGUCCAUAGAGGAAAUAUCUUGAAAUGUGACCAGAGGGAUUUAGUAACGCCAAAAUGGUACAGAUUUACAGGGGCAGCAGGCACUAUGAUGCCUACCUCCUGUGUUCCGAAGCAGUACUGCGGAACUCAUGCACCGGGUUGGUUGAGCACUGCGCAUCCAUCGGUCGUUGGGCAAGUUGUCAGUGGAAAGGUGUGUUUCCACUGGGGGUCUAGAUGUUGUAACUGGAACGCGAAUAUCCAGAUAAAGAAAUGCAACGGAUUUUUUGUGUAUAAGCUUGCAAGGACUCCGGUGUGUUAUCUCCGCUACUGUGGUAAUGCAGGAUAUGGCGAGUGUAAAAUGAAUAAACCAUGCAAGAAUGGGGCAACAUGUAUCCAGAAACCAGAUGGGUAUUCUUGCGUCUGUCCUUCAGGUUUCCAAGGAAAGCAUUGCGAAAACGACAUCAACGAGUGCCUAACAACAAAACCGUGCAAAAAUGGCGCCACUUGUGUUAAUAGCAAUGGGGGAUACAGGUGUCUUUGCGUCCCUGGAUUUCAAGGGAAACAUUGUGAGACAGAUGUGAAUGAGUGUUUAAUAAAUGGCAUAUGUAAGAAUGGAGGAACCUGUAUCAAUACUCACGGUGGAUAUCGAUGUCAGUGUUUGAGUGGAUACCAAGGGAAGCACUGUCAACAAGAUAUCAACGAGUGCCUAAUAACAAAACCGUGCAAAAAUGGCGCCACUUGCGUUAAUAGCAUUGGAGGAUACGACUGUCUUUGUGUCCCUGGAUUUCAAGGGAAGCAUUGUGAAACAGAUGUGAAUGAAUGUUUAAUAAAUGGCAUAUGUAAGAAUGGAGGAACUUGCGUCAAUGUUAACGGUGGAUACCGAUGCCAGUGUUUGAGUGGAUACCAAGGGAAGCACUGUGAACAAGAUGUGAACGAGUGCACAACGACAAGACCAUGCAGAAAUGGAGCCACCUGUGUGAACAAGAACGGUGGAUAUGAUUGCUUAUGUGUUCCUGGUUUCAAAGGAAAGAACUGUGAGAUAGAUGUCAAUGAGUGCAUCACUAGACCUUGUUUGAAUGGUGGUACUUGUGCCAAUCAGCAUGGAAGCUACCAAUGCGUUUGCCUGGCGGGAUUUACCGGCAAGCACUGUGAAACCCAAAUCGAUGCAUGUGCAAGUUACUCGGUACUAGAUGAGAAGGACCGUGCAGCUGGAAACGAUGCAAACAAGUAUACGUGCGACCAAAGGGAUAUUGCAACACCGGCGUGGUACAGGUUUUCUGGAGACGCUGGCGAUAAAAUGGCGGACUCCUGUGUUCCUCAGUUGCACUGCGGAACACAUGCGCCGGGGUGGUUAAAUGGUGAUCAUCCCGUAAAUGAAGGGGAGGUCGUCGAGAGGCAAGCUUGCUUUCACUGGGGAUCCAGUUGCUGUAAAUGGUCUACAAAAAUAAAGAUAAAAAAGUGUAAGGGAUUCUUUGUCUAUGAGCUUCAAAGAACUCCAGCCUGUCAUCUACGUUACUGUGGAAACUCUGGUUUACCCGUGAACGAGUGUGCCGUUACAAAACCAUGCAAGAACGGAGCAACCUGUGUUGAUUUGAAGCGUGGAUACCAAUGCCUCUGCGCCCCAGGGUUUACAGGAAAAGAUUGUGAACAAGAUGUAGAUGAGUGCUUGAUAAGCGGUCUGUGUAAGAAUGGUGCCACAUGUGAAAACAGCGUGGGUGGAUAUCAGUGUAAAUGCCCCAGUGGAUUCAAAGGAAAACGCUGUGAUGAAGAUAUUGAUGAAUGUGCGAAUAGUCCAUGCCUGCAUGGAGGUACGUGCACAAACAAGCCAGGCGGCUACGACUGUAAAUGCCUCAUUGGCUACCAGGGCCAACACUGCGAAAAGGAUGUGGACGAAUGCGCGAACAGUCCAUGUAAAAAUGGUGGAAGUUGCAUGAACCUUAAAGGGAGUUAUAGAUGCGACUGCAUUAAAGGAUUUACAGGCAAACACUGCAAACAAGACAUAAAUGAAUGCAUAACGAUUCAACCAUGCAAGAACGGUGCAACGUGUAUAAACACUAUCGGUUCCUAUAUGUGUCGCUGUGACAGUGGAUACCAAGGAUUACUCUGCGAUCAAGACAUCGACGAGUGUUCUUCAUCAAGUCUGUGCAGAAAUGGCGCCACCUGUACAAACACGAUCGGAGGAUACAAGUGUUCUUGUGCCAGUGGAUUCGAGGGGGAACAUUGUGAUCAAGAUAUUGAUGAAUGUAAGAGAGGUCCUUGUGUGAACAGUGGAACUUGUUAUAACAAGCCUGGCAGCUUUGAAUGCAAGUGUCCUGAUGGAUAUGAUGGCGAGCGCUGCGAAAAUGAUAUCGACGAAUGCGCUACCAAAGACCCAUGCAAAAAUGGUGCCACUUGCAUAAACAUAAUUGGCGGAUUCCAGUGUUCAUGCGCAAGUGGAUUCGAUGGGAAAUAUUGCGAACAAGAUAAGGAUGAGUGCAAGGUGAACCCAUGCAAGAAUAGUGCUACGUGUAUCAAUCUGAUUGGUGGGUUUGAAUGCAAAUGUUUACCAGGCUUUCAAGGGGAUGUAUGCGAGCAGGAUAUUGACGAGUGUGUGGGAGACCCUUGUCUGAACUCAGGAAACUGUUCAAACACUCCUGGAAGUUACAAAUGCGAGUGUAUCAAGGGAUUUGAGGGCAAAAACUGCGAAAAGGAUGUAGAUGAAUGUAAAGGGAGCAACCCCUGUCAAAACGGUGGCACGUGUCAAAAUAAGAAAGGCACUUAUCAUUGCUCAUGUCCAGAUGGAAUUACAGGCUUUAACUGCGAGAUAAAAAUAUCCUUCAAAGAGCUUGGUUGUUUUAGAGACAGGUCCAAUGACCGCACAAUGACUUUGCUAAAGAACCUACGAAAGUACAUUGACUGGCGCGACAUGUCCAAGACCGUUAAAAACUGUUCUGAGAUUGCAAGAGGCACACCGGGGGUUUACUACUUUGCGAUUCAAUAUUACGGAGAGUGUUUCGGUGCGCCAGAGGGUACCAAGUAUGAUAAAUUUGGCCGAGCAUCCAACUGCUGGUCCGGUGUAGGAGGAGCUAACAGCAACUUCGUUUACACGCUAUAUUAAAGCUAUUGAGAGGUUGAGAGAGGUGAGCUAAUGAAGGGCUUAUCUACGGAUGGUACUUAACUUGAAGCUUAUGAAAACUGUGAUGAACAAAGCUGUCAACAAUAAAAGAGAGGUUUAAACCGAA